AAAACAAUUGCAAACACGAGGCUGUACGGACUUAAUAUCAUUUGACUUCGUGUGUGACAGUGACAGAUGACAUAGUUGACUGACAGAAGUUUAUUGUGAUAGUAUUGUAAUGAACAUUUUUUCUUUUUACAAUCUAAUGUUCUAAUUAAAAAUGAUAAAAUAAUAGCUCUGCCCAUUAAAUAUCUAAUAUGCAAUUAUCAGCUUAGACAGUUACUUUUACAUAACAGAAUAUCAUAACUCUGAUCUCAAGGACUAAUAAACGUGAGCUGUGUUCACAACAACUUUCCAAAUGAAAAUCAAUUAAAUGUCGUGUAAAUUUCCAUAAACAUGCAUGAAGCUUAUGAAGUAUCUCAUCUAUUGACUCUGACGGUGCAGAUUGAAGCUAUCGCAGCCUACGAUGGAAAUGUGUUAUUGGGAACAAGGCAAGGUCAUUUGUUGAUGUACUCAUUAUCAUCAAACAAUGGGAAUCAAAAGUAUGAAGUACAGCUGCUUAGGUACUGUAAAAACUUCAGCAAGAAACCCAUACAACAAAUUGAAGUUAUUCCAGAGGACAAUUUGCUCCUGUGUCUAACAGAUAAUGUGUUGUCCACUUAUGACAUAAAUGGAGUGAAUUUUCCCAUGGUGAAAUCAUUUGCUCAGACAAAAGGUGCUUCAUUGUUUGCUCUAGAUAAUAAGUCCACAACAUCAAUGACAGGAGAAUCAAAUUCUGUAGUACGCCUCUGUGUUGCUGUAAGAAGAAAACUUCAGUUGUACUAUGGUAAAAAUGGAGAAUUCAAGCAGCACCUAUUUGAUUUCACUAUUCCUGAUGUACCUAAAGUGAUGGCAUGGGGUCAACAGUAUAUAUGUGUAGGAUUCAAGGCUGAAUACACAUUGUAUGAUCUCUCAACUGGCAAACCCAGAGAACUAUUUCCUGCGAGCAGCUCCAAACCUCUUGAGCCAACAAUAGCGAAAUAUUCUGAGACUUCCUUCCUUCUUGGUCGUGACAAUACAUCAGUUCUAGUUGAAGAAGAUGUGGAAAUAAAGCAAACUAUAAAGUGGCUUGAGGCACCUUUAAGUGUAGUUUGGGAUGAGCCUUUCAUUUUAGGAUUAAUGCCUGAAGAGUUGAGGGUGCAAACUGUAGAUCCUCCAUUAUUUAUACAAACAAUAUCUGAGCUCAAUAAAGCAAGACUGAUGUACAGAUGUAAACGGGGUUUGAUAUUUGUAGCAUCUGUUGGUCAAGUGUGGUGUCUCAGUUCAGUUGAUGUCACAAAACAGAGGCAACAGUUGCUAAAAGACAAGCAGUUUCAAAUAGCGAUUGAUUUGAUGAAACUGUCAGAUUGUUCAGAAGAAGAGAAGAAGAAGUCGAUACGAUCAAUCCAAAGGUUGUACGCUUACGAUCUCUUUGAUCACGCAUAUUACUCUCAAUCUAUGAAGGAGUUUAUCAAAUUGAACACUGAUCCAGCGGAGGUCAUCGAACUUUUUCCAGACCUGAGCGGGAAAUCUGAAGGUUCUAAGAAUAAGAAUAAACUAAAAGGCAAAGACUUGGAGAAUGCCCUGAACGCGCUUAUUGAGUAUUUGGUUGACCUUCGGUCUAUGAUCGGACAGAACAAGUCUGAGGCAAGCACUAGUCAAGAACAGGGCAGUCAGAGAAAUGUGCAGCAACAGUUGGAACUCAUCGACACAACUCUAUUGAAGUGCUAUUUACAGACAAACGACGCUUUCGUAGCACCUCUAUUGCGUUUAAACAACUGUCGUCUCGAAGAAGCGGAGAAGACUUUAUUGCAGCACAGCAAGUAUAGCGAGCUGAUCAUCCUCUACCAGACUAAAGGGCAGCACACUAAAGCAUUGCAAUUGCUCAGAGAACAGGCUCAACAACCGGAUUCCAGUCUCAAGGGGUACAAUAGGACUAAACACUACCUUCAAAACCUUGGCGCCGAACACAUAAAUCUUAUAUUCAAAUUCUCCGACUGGAUAUUGAAGGAGCACCCAGAGGAGGGUCUGAAGAUAUUCACCGAAGACAUCGUAGAAGUCGAGAACUUGCCUCGUCCUAAAAUACUAGACUUUUUGCUCAGAGAGCACGACAACCUAGUCAUACCGUACCUCGAACAUUUGAUACACACGUGGAACGAUACGAAUUCACUGUUCCACGACGCUUUAAUUAGUAUGUACAGAGAUAAGAUCACUACCAAAAAGGCUGACAUAACCGAAGAAGAGUACCAACAUACGAAGUCGAAACUGGUUACGUUUUUAGAGAAAUCUCCACAUUACACCCCAGAGAGAGUGAUACUGCAUUUCCCUACUGACAGCCUCUUUGAAGAGAGGGCAGUUAUAUUGGGAAAGCUUGGCAGACACGAACAGGCUUUAGCGAUAUACAUACAAAUAUUAGGUGACGUAGAACGAGCGAUAAAGUAUUGCGAAAAUGUUUGCGAUAGCGGCAAAGAUAAAAAUCAAGAUGUGUACGUUAUAUUGAUGAGGACACUAAUGAAUCCUGACAAAAGUAACGCUUUAAGUGGACCGCUGGCUGAUGUGCCGAGACAUCCGAAAACAGCCGUUCCUGACUUAGAAACCGCUCUUUCUAUAUUGGAGAAACAUGCCGAUAAAAUAUCACCUCUAAAGGCUCUUUCAGUAUUACCAGACUCCGUGCCGCUUAGUCGCCUCAAACAUUUCUUAGAAAGCGCUUUAGAGAAUCAACUGACACUCAAGCGACGCACCCAAGUUCUCAAGGGUUUAUUGUACGCAGAACACAUGCAGGUGCAAGAACUGAAGCAAAUCCACGAAUCCAAAAGCGUAGUCAUCAACGAUUACAACGUCUGUCCGGUCUGCAAGAAACGUUUCGGAAACCAGAGCGCGUUCGUUCGUUACCCCAAUGGAGAUAUAUUACACUACUCAUGCACUGCUAAAGUCAAGUUUUAGACUAGUCACACGAAAAAAGACUUUAUUUGCACAUUCAUUACGUUUGCAUUCUUAUGGCAGGCAUACUUAGAUUAAAACAAAAAGGGAAGAUACGGCACUCACGGAAAACAAUGCCUUCGAUGCUUUUAUAAAGAACACAAAUAGUUGAAAAUGAAAUAACAAGUGCCUUGGUAACACUUUUCAUUCGUAAAACCGUAAAAACAUUAUUUUCUCAAAAAUCACGAUUUGUCGUGAAUGUCAUAUACGUAAUCGACAUUUUGUUAUCAAGAAAAGGACAAAAAAAUACAGCUCUGCCGUGCGGACUACAGUUCAUACUACAUUUAGACUACAAACGGACAAGCAUACAGUUCUGUCUCGCUCGCUCGAUUGAAUGUUUAUUUACAAAUGUGUGCGUGUGAGAGUUGCUUAUGUAGUUGAGUCGGAGCAUAUUGUAUUGCUAGUGUGAGCGUACCGUAUUUUCCCGUUUUGUUUUAAUCUAAGCAGGCAUAUAAUAUAUGGAAAAGUGGUCGCGUAGUCUGCUAUUGGGCUUAAUUCUAGCAUGAUUUACUAAACAUUGCAAUAUAUUUAAAUUUGGCAGCAGACUUCUUUUUUGUUUCCUUAGAGGUGUAUUAUUAUUAUUACUGUCAAAUUUAUUUUAACGAAUAGGGAGUCAAGCCAGAAUCGCAAUAUGAAGUAUGCCCAAAUGUUUCCUUGUUGUAGCUUAUGACAAAAAGAAUACCUACAUAUUUAUAAAGCUCCACGCAAAAUCGAACUAUGUGUGUGUGUAUAUAAAAAAGAAUUUAAGGUCUUAGUGAAAAUACUUUUAAAAUUGGAUCCUUCAAUUUAAUAAUGUAAAAAUAAUUAAUUUUCCUAUACCUAGGGUAAUUGUAUUUAUUGCAAUAGGGUAUUUGACAGUAUUAAAAAUAAAGUGCCAAUUGUUAGCAUCUGUGUUUAGAAUGAAUAUUGGCAGGGGUUUUUACUGUUUUUACAAAAAUAAUAUUCAUAAUUUUACUAAAAACACACGAAAAAGAAUAGUUUUCUUAUCUAUUGUCACGUGAUCCAAAACGCUUGGGAUUCGCGGAGCCUUAAAUGACGUCACACGCAAGUAAACUUCCGGUUAAAGUGACAUUACAUUGUAUCGUUUGACGUUUUAAUAACAGUCGUGUGACGUAACACACUAGUAAGACGCCAUAUUGUCCAGAGAAACGUUUUCGCGGCAACUUGAAAAUGGAGUUUUUGAUUUGGUUAUUUUUACUGAAAUACGCAACAGAAUGAAGAUUAUCCACUUUUUACGGACUCCAUAAACAUUAGUCAAUAACGUGAGAUUGUUUUCUAAAACUUGUCAAAUACCCUAUUAAGUGACUUAUUUUAGUCAAGUUUGUACAGCGCUUUGUUACGAUUUCACGUGUAAAUUGCCAAACCGGUUUAAGAUAUACACAUAGUUAUCAGUAUAGAUUUCUAAUACUUGGAAGGCGAUAGUCUAAUUUUUAUCUCUUUCUUACUUGCGAAAACAACACAAAAUUAAAGAAAUGUGUCAAUUUGAUCUAAACCAAAAACUUUUGUUUGUUGCACCCUGUGUACCAGUUGCUCAUCCGCGCUGGUAUCAAAGAGCUUUCUAUAAAAAUAGUAGGUACUUAUAGAAAAUAUAACUAUUAUAAUUCUAUAUAAAGUUAUAAUUUUUUCAGGCUUCUUUUACAAUUUUUUCUUAUAAAUAUUUGUCGUUGCUUAUUGUUGUAUGCACACCAUAUUGUUUCCUAUUGCAAUAUUAAUUCUCCAAAGAAAACGACUGAAGCUUUACAACACAAGUA